CAAAGUCCAGCCUUACUUAUACGUACAGCCACAGGAGGAACAGCAAAAGAGAACUCCAGUGAAGGCUGCUCUACAUAGAUAUACAGGUAUUUUUUCCAUCCUGUCUGGAAGAGAUGACUUCUGCUCUGCAGCCCCGAGAGUGUACAGUGACCAAGAAGCCCCAAAAGACAUACGGCUUCUUCCUGCGUAUUGAGCAGGACACCGCAGGGCACAUCAUCCGCAACGUGGGACAGCACAGCCCAGCCGAAAGGGCUGGCCUGAGGGACGGAGACAGAGUGCUCAGGGUUAACGGUGUCUUCGUGGACAAGGAGAAACAUGCACAGGUGGUGGAGAUGGUCAAAAACAGCGGGAAUUCCGUUGUACUCCUUGUUCUGGAUGCCGCAUCCUACGAAAAGGCACAAAAGGAGGGAGUGAACUUGGAAGAGCUGGGUCAAAAGCCAUCCACAGGACAACAGCAAGAGCAGCAGUGCCCACCAUCCGUGGCCAACAGAGGAACCACUGCAGCUCCACAGCCCUGGCUCUGCUACCUAGUGAAGGAGGAGACAGGCUAUGGCUUCUCCCUGAAAAGCACAGAAGGACAGAAGGGGUUGUUCAUAGUAGAGCUUUCAUCACAAGGAGCAGCUGCAAAGGCUGGUGUCCAAAAUAACGAUCGCCUGAUUGAAAUCAAUGGAAAAAAUGUGGAAAAUGACACACACGAGGAAGUGGUGGAAAAGGUAAAGAAGUCUGAAAAUCAUGUUAUGUUUCUACUUUCAAAUGAAGAAACAGACCGCUAUUUCACAAGCCAGAGGAUGGCACUGAGCAAAGAGAACGCCAGCCUAAGGUUGCUUCCCCUCAAACCACGACUAAUUGAGAUCCAGAAAGGAAAAAGUGGUUAUGGAUUUUAUCUACGGAUGGAACAAAAUACUGGUGAGCAUGUAAUCAAAGAUGUUAAUUCUGGAAGCCCAGCAGCCAUGGCCGGUCUAAAGGACAAUGACAUCUUAGUGGCUGUCAAUGGUGAGCGCGUGGAUGGGCUGGAUCAUGAAAGCGUAGUGGGAAAAAUUAAGCAGUCUGAGGAAAGAACCUCCCUGUUGGUGGUGGAUAAGGAAACUGACAGCAUGUACAAACUGGCUCAAGUUUCCCCCUUCUCAUACUACUACAAAGCACAGGAUUCAACCCCAGCUAAAACGGAGGAAAGAGUGGAGUUGCACAUUGAGGAGAAAGUGAACCACAAGCCAAGGAUCUGCAAAAUGGUGAAAGGACCUAAUGGAUUUGGCUUCAGUUUAAACAUGAUCAAGAAUAAACCUGGAUUGUUCAUCACUGAGGUACAAAGCCAGGGACCAGCUGGUGGAGCAGGUGUGGAAAACAACGACUUCUUGGUGGAAGUGAACGGAGUGAACGUGACCAACGAAUCCUAUGACAAAGUGGUGGCAAGCAUCCAAAGCACUGGGGACAGACUGACACUGCUGGUGUGCAGCAAAGAUGCCUACAGGCAGACUCAUCCUCCUCCUCACAAUCAGCUGCCUCCACGAGAGCUGACGGCGACAACAGUGAUGACACAAAGUUGUGAGGAGACAAAACUAUGCCAACAACAACAAAGAAACGUGCCAAAUCUUUUCUUCAGUUCUUCUUUGCUAUUCCACCUCUCAGAACUUGGCUGUUCCAAGGAGUGCCAGGGCCACAAAGGACUGCAAACUCUUGCUGCAAUAAACACCUCAGUGUAACUUCCAUCCAUUUAACACUGCAAUUGUGUUCCACUGGUACAAUUUCUGCCUUGUGAAGUGGGCACUCAGUCACUCAUUUCUGGAAAGGCCUAAAGAACUUUAUAACUUUAUAAAUUUAGGCAACUUUAUAAUUAAGUGUCCUGCAGCAGAAGCUGGCAAUGUUUUAUAGAUUCAUAAGCGUCUUAGCCUGUUAUGGAUAAGCUCUUAAUAAAGAGAAAUUGAUUUCUGCCCAUCUCCCAGGAAAGUCAGCUCUCCCCCUAAUCCAAGUCCAUCACCUCAAUCUCUGUGGCAUCUCUUUGCUUACACCAGUACAGCUGCUCUGAAAUGGAAUAAGCCCAGGUACUCUGUGCAUUAUGAUCCUUUUUCCUGCUAACACUGCAGAAAUUUCAUUCAAAGCAUCAAGCUAACUUUCUAAUUCACAGCUCAAGACGUUUAAUCACUAUUCUCUCUCUUCUGCAUCCAGCUGUGGAUUACAAUAGUAUAUGUAAUGCAGUAAUGCACAUUUGUCUAACCCCAAGUCACCACCACGUUGUCUUGAAUACGACAUAAAUGGUUCUGUAAUACUGCUGCUGUGUACUUUGCCUCCUUGAUGUACACCAAAGGCAAUACAGAAAUAAAUUGUUUAGAGUGGUUAUUUUCCCCUCUGUGAGUCUUACUCUCACCAGCUACAAUUUAUGUUCCAGAACAAUUAU